UCACAUGACGCGCGUGUUGUCAAUGGGAUCCGAUGGGCCGGUGAAAAUGGCGUGUUGUGGGAGCUGUCUGUGCUGCCAGUGCUGCUGCAGGGAAGGCGAGACGCGGACCCCCGAGGAACUGACAAUUCUUGGGGAGACACGCGAAGAUGAAGAUGAGAUCCUUCCACGGAAAGAUUAUGAGAGCUUGGACUAUGACAGGUGCAUCAAUGAACCGUAUGUCGACGUCCUGGAGGGCAUUGAUAAUAAGAAAGCAAAGAAGUAUGAAGCUGUGAAGUGGAUGUUGGUGUUUGUAAUAGGAGUUUCCAUCGGCAUGGUUGGCCUUUUUGUGGACUUCUUCGUCAGACUGUUCACUCAGCUGAAGUUUAGUUUGGUUGGAAGAUCUGUGGAGGAGUGCAGUGAGAGAGGCUGCCUGGCUCUUUCUCUGCUGGAGCUGCUGGCCUUCAACAUGGCCUUCGUCUUCAUCGCCAGCAUGUUUGUACUCAUCGAGCCCAUAGCAGUCGGUUCUGGCAUCCCAGAGAUCAAGAGCUACCUGAACGGGGUGAAGAUUCCUGGCAUCGUCCGUCUCCGCACGUUCCUCUGCAAGGCCCUCGGUGUUCUGUUCGCAGUGGCUGGAGGUCUCUUUGUGGGGAAGGAGGGACCGAUGAUACACAGCGGAGCCAUUGUUGGUGCUGGGCUUCCUCAGUUUCAGAGCAUCACAUUCCGGAAGAUCCACCUUAACUUCCCCUAUUUCCGUAGCGACAGAGACAAGCGGGACUUCGUGUCUGCGGGGGCAGCGGCAGGCGUGGCGGCUGCCUUCGGGGCCCCCAUCGGGGGGACGCUCUUCAGCCUGGAGGAGGGCUCCUCUUUCUGGAACCAGGCCCUCACCUGGAAAGUGCUCUUCUGCUCCAUGUCGGCCACUUUCACCCUCAACUUUUUCCGCUCGGGAAUCAACUACAACAAGUGGGGCUCCUUCCAACUGCCUGGCCUGCUCAACUUCGGCGAGUUCAGGUGUCUGAAUGGGGACAAGAGUUGCCACUUGUGGACAGCAGUGGACCUGGCAUUCUUUGUGAUCAUGGGUAUCGUGGGUGGCCUCUUGGGGGCGCUCUUCAAUUGCAUGAACAAGAGGCUGGCCAAGUACCGCAUGAGGAAUGUGCACCCCAAGGCUAAGUUCAUCAGGGUGCUGGAGAGUCUGCUCAUCUCCUUGGUAACGACAGUGGUGAUAUUCGUGGCCUCCAUGACUCUGGGAGAGUGCCGUGACCUCUUGCCUCCAACAUCCAACAACACCACCACUCUGGUGUCUGGGAACGAGAACGUCAGCUCCACCGUGAAGCAGUUCUUCUGCCCGAAUAAGACGUACAACGACAUGGCUACGCUCUUCUUUAACCCCCAAGAGGUGGCCAUCAACCAACUGUUCCACCAAGACGGUACCUUCAGUCCGGUGACUCUGACCAUCUUCUUCGUGCUCUACUUCCUGCUGGCCUGCUGGACGUACGGAGUCUCCGUUCCCAGCGGCCUUUUCGUUCCCUCCCUGCUCUGUGGUGCGGCCUUCGGCCGUCUGGUGGCCAACGUCCUCAAAAUAAACAUUGGCAUGAACAUAUACUCGGGAACCUUCGCUCUGAUUGGUGCGGCCGCCUUCCUGGGAGGCGUGGUCCGCAUGACCAUCAGCCUCACUGUAAUUCUUAUAGAAUCAACCAAUGAAAUCACAUAUGGGCUGCCAAUUAUGAUAACACUAAUGGUGGCAAAGUGGACCGGGGAUUUCUUCAACAAGGGCAUAUAUGACAUCCACAUUAAGCUGAAGGGCGUUCCUCUUCUGGAGUGGGAGACGGAGGCGGAGAUGGACAAGCUGACGGCCAGUGACAUCAUGGAGCCCAACCUGACCUAUGUGUACCCACACACUCGCAUCCAGUCCCUGGUGAGCAUCCUGAGGACCACGGUGUACCACGCCUUCCCGGUGGUGACCGAGAACCGGGACAACGAGAAGGAGUUCAUGAAAGGCAACAUCCUCAUCAGUAACAACAUUCGGUUCAAGAAGAGCAGCGUCCUGACCCGGGCCAGCGAGCAGCGCCGACGCUGCCAGUCCAUGAAGUCGUACCCGUCCAGCGAGCUGCGGAAUGUGUGCGAUGAGCAGGAGGUUUCCCAGCCGGUCGGGGACGGACAGGACAUGUUGGAGCAGAUGCUGGAGAGGAGGCACACGCCCUAUCCCAGCCUGUACCCCAUGGAGUCCCCCAGCGAGGACUGGACCAUGGAGGAGCGUUUUCGGCCCCUGACCUUCCACGGCCUGAUCCUGCGCUCGCAGCUGGUGACCCUGCUGAUCCGCGGCGUGUGCUAUGCCGAGAACCAGGCGAGUGCCGCGCAGCCGCGCCUGUCCUACUCGGAGAUGACGGAGGAUUACCCUCGCUUCCCUGACAUCCACGACCUGGACCUCACCUUGCUGAACCCGCGCAUGAUUGUGGAUGUCACACCCUACAUGAACCCAAGCCCCUACACGGUCUCCCCAAACACCCACGUGUCUCAGGUGUUCAACCUCUUCAGGACUAUGGGACUCCGCCAUCUCCCCGUGGUCAAUGCUGUUGGAGAGAUCGUGGGAAUUAUCACGCGGCACAACCUGACACAGGAGUUCCUGAUGGCCAAGCUGCGACAGCACUACAUCACCAUCUAGCCGGCGCCGCUCGUCUCCACCAGCCCGUCAGGAACUGCCCCGCCGCGGAACCAAGAGGUAUCCAGAACCACCCUCCAGAACCACGGUCAUUCCUGCCCCGCCCAGAGCUCCUGCGGCAGACGGCGAUGCUUUGUCCGCACUGUCUGAGGGAUUUUAGGGACGGGGGCCCGCCGGAUGGUCCCUGUUGGCUCUCCUUGUUCUUAGACCCGCGCCGUUUGCUUCCCUCUGCCCAGACCUGCGGAGUGCUUGCACCGAUCUCCCAUUGCUUGUGGCCUCCAUGAUUUACCAUCAGCGCUUUGCAGCAUUAGAACUUUUGCCACCUUUUAUUCCAUUUUACUGCUUUUUAAGUAUUUGCACUAGAACAGUUUUAGCUAAUAGCAUUCCGAAUCGGGGCCUAUUCAUAUAUGUGUUUUUUUUUCUUUGAGACCUCAGAGUACAAAAUUAGAGUGUUUAUUGGGACGGUUAUGAAUGGGUGAUUGAUUAUUUGGUACAGGUAGCAUAUGGUGAGCAGGUAUCGUGUUUAACAACGGUGUGUGUGCCGUAAAUCGCCAUUCCCGGGGCCGGGACAAAUUUGUGUACCAGUCACCUGUUAGGACUGAUCGAUUCAAAGGAAGUGAAUAAUUUUUAAAGCUCCCUCCUCAUGGAAAAAGGGGGAAAUAGUAUUAGCUAAUAGUCAGUGCGUUUUCCUUUGGUUAACUCGCAGGAGGUACCUGGAAUGUCGCCCUUCAGAUGCACCGAUAAGUGGCUGUAAUGUAGUUCUUUGGAAAUCCAGUCAUGACUAGGAGAAAGUAACGCUAACAUAUCGGUGUGGGCAGUUUGGGCACCUGUAUCGCGUCUGAUAUCCGCGGGACCAUUUGCAGGAUGUCGUGUACAGGCCCCCACAUGACCUGACCACAGGUCAGUCACAUAACGUCCAUGCAGAGCACAGUGGGUGUCAGUCCGUCACAGGGGUCACGCAGAAGGGCAGCGGGCAUCAUGACACGAUCACAAAGGACAUGUGUAGGGGGCCAAUUGGGACUGUACCACUAAGAGACACGGGGGGAAUUUAGUCAGACCCUCUGACAGUGAGAAGAGGACAUUUCAAUUCUCCAUUUUUUGUUACCGAGCCGUUUUCAGUGCAUGUAACUUAAGCUGAAUAUAUUUUUGUACUUUUAUUUAUUUUUUAAUUUGAUUGACAGUCAUACUGUGAAAUGCUUUUACAUUGUUAAUAAUAGUAAUAUUCUGUAUUGUCAAAACGAGAUAUAAAGCUCCAGUCACGUUAGGCAGUAUAGCUGAAAUAGUGAAACCCCCCCCCCCCCCCCAUUCUCCACAGAUCUGCAGGAACAAUUUGUGUUGCAGUCUGAGUUGAGGUUGAGAGAAUUUGUUCUUUGAGUAGUGCAAGCUAGGUAGAUAUUCUGCUAGAUAACACUGUGAAAUGCUAUUGCUUGCCCUGGUCGAUUUUAGCUUUCCAUUAUGGAGACGUGUGAAUCCGCCCUGAGAUUAUUUUUCAUUUAUAUCCGAUCCUCUGGGACCCCCAGACGGUCCACAUUUUUGCUCCCUCCCAAUUCCCUACCGGGGUCUCUGAGGACCCGUUUGAGAAACACUUGUUUAUAUUCUAUGCCUGCUUUCGGAUCAGUAUGAAACUGACGUGUAACCAGGGAGGAGGUGCCAAGACUGACGAGCCACACUUUGAAUAUUAAUCCUGUAAAAAACAAACGAACAAAAAACAUCUGUUUUCUCAUGCUGCACUGAGAAGAUUGUGCUGUGGGCAUAUCAGGCAGUCCAGGCAACACCUUGACACUAAUUCGCACAAAGGCGUGCCGUCGCUAAUGUGGUACAGGUCUCGUAGAGCCGGGGACGGGUUAGUCAGCCUGACGCAGGGCUCGCACGGCCGACCUACUGAUGUGCUGAGGUACUGGGGUCAGGCGCUGUGCUUGGUCCUCUGAUGUAACCGGAGAAUGCCUGAAAUUGCUAGUGCAGAAAGUUAGGUUCUGUGCCAGAUUAUUCAUUAUGAAUAGUAAUAAUAAUAAUAAUGAUGCUUUUAAUUGCUAAGCAGAUGCUCUUUUCCAAAGCUUCUUGCAAAAAUUAGUUGCUGUCUUAUACAUUUAUACACACACACGACUGUUUUUACUGGAACGAGUUCAGAUUUUGUACCCAGCCUGAGCGUACGACGGGAGGGUCCGCGUGGAUCCCAACCGGCUUUUAGCUACGAGUCCAGGUUCCUCUCCAGCAGCCUGACCUUUGCCCUUUCACCCUUGCCCAUUUUGAGCCGCGCCAUCUUCCAUUACACGACUGAGUCAUGCCCGCGUUUCUCUUCCAUGUGCCCGAAUUACCCGGCGGGCCGCCUCCUCCCGUCUCAGCGUACCGUCGCAUUAUGGAGUCGCCGGCCGUGCGCCAGCCGCUAUGCAAUUAAACGGGUGUUUUGGCGUUCCGUCGCCUUGGCCCGGGACCCACCUGCUUCUGUCAUCUCGCCUUCCUACCGAGCCCUAAUUAGCCCCGAUUCAGCCGUUUGCUCACUCCUGGCUGUGAUUUGACGCAUAUUUCCAUUUCUUUAAAUACUUCAUGAGGAGCAUAAAACAUAAAAAGUAACACGUUUGUUUACCGAGCUUUCAAUUACUGUUCAACAUUUACACUUAAUAAAUUAGGUAGUCAUGAGUUAAAUAAUGCAUAACUGUGUAUUGUUUGGACUGCAUAUCCUCUGAAGUAUGGGAUUACCCUUUCAGCUCAGGACUGAUGUUUUUGUCCGUUUGAGGAGCCUGAUUGGACUAAAUGAACACAAGGAAAUUUAUUGAGGAAAUUUAUUUAUAUAGUGUACAGCUUCAAUCGUUUGAUUGAGUUGCCCAUAACUAGUUUGUUAGGUGUUUUGUAUCCACUCUGUCAAGCUUGAAUAUUUGUUUUUAUGGACUAUGAUGUUCAGUGGAAUGAAACUGGAGAGAUAGUGGCUUCCCUGUACCGGCGAUUGGAAAGGCGGACUUAGCGAUACUGGAAAACUGAAAGCGACAGGCGUGCAGUGUAAGUGAUGGACCCCCACCUGCAGGAGGCAGAUAGUCCAUCCAGCCUGUCCGAACCACUCAGCUCAUUUUACACAUGGAGCUUUUUUUUCCUGGAUAGGUUGUUUUGAUAGGUUUCUGAUUAAAUUUCACAUGGACCUGUUAAGCGGCAUUGCUACAUGGACCAUGUUCUGGUCGUUCGUAGAUGAAAUGUGAGAUCCCAACUCAGUCGAGGGAAUCCCACUCAUAAUAUUUUCUUCUCUGCUGUAGGGGGAUCCCCGGGAAUUGGUGUAUUAUUAGACGGCCACUCUGUCUCCAUGAUAAAAUUAGAGCGCUAACAUUCCGGGAAUCUUAUAGUGACACAUUCGCACUGGGAGUCUGAGGGAAGCAUGAGACGGAACGAUGGUCUUUGUGAACGACAUCACUGUGAUGGACUUCAGGAAGGAUGGGCACGCAGUGUCCGGAAGGUUCUGUCUUCUUUAGAAUAUGUGUGUCUGCAGAAUCCCAGUUCAAAGGCCCAGUCCCGCGUCGUUCUGUUUUUAAAAGUCGUUUCAGGAUGCCUACAUGAAAUUAUUUUUGCACUUGCAUUUUGUGAAAGGAUUUUUUUUUUUUAUGCAUAUUUGUGUAACAGUAUAAUUUAUAAUUUAUUAUCCAUGAUAAAACACAGGACAAAUAUGACUGAAGAUUUGUUUGUUGCAUUUUAUUACAUGUAUACAUAAUUAAUCACACAGUGCUUUGUGAAAACUGGUACCAGUGUUGAUAUGUUGUACGUUUAAAUAAUAAUCAAAUUUAAUUCUCAUUUAGUUUGUAUUCCCCCUGUGUAGAAAUUAGCUGUAUAACAUCAGAAGUUGCUUUUACAUGAAUGGAUUUUUCUACUUUUUUUAACAGUGUUGUUUUCUUUAAAAGACUUAUUUUUGUGUCAUUGAAUGUAUUUAAGUACGCUUUUAUAAAGUUGUAUUUUUAUGCCAGAGUAUUGUAUGAGGACGAUGAGGAUGAUGACCUUAUGCGACUUUGGUGUCCUCCUCUGUUGUAAUUUAAAUGUUCCAGUUGGUAUCACGUAUGCCUGUAAACCCAUGAACUCAAAAUGAACUCUUUUGUUAUUUUGUUUCUCGGCUAACCUUCGGUUGCUUUGCGGUUGUCAUUUUAUUAGGAAGUUUGGCAAUUUAACCUGGUUGCUCUUCUGUCGUCUGUCUGCCGCCGCACCUCCUCUUUCGCCCGUCCUGGCUCUCCAAGCCCAGCUUCACAGGUUCAGUCCUGCCCGGCGUAGCGCCGCGCCGAUAAUUACCGCCUCGCUGACAUUUGAGAUGCCUGCUGAGGUGACCUGCCACCCAAAUCAUUACCUAAGUGCGGUUAAAAGCUGGGAACGAGCAGAAAGCCACAAUGUCUCUGCAGGUCGGCUACCCCUGCUCUGCGAUUGGCUGAGCUCACUGGAGGCGGUAAUGUUGAGGCAGCAGUGUGGCACUCUGCAGGGGUAACUACAGGUCACCAAGAGCUCUGAUCAUGUGACUCUUACAGGUAUUUUUGCAAAAACAGUGGCCAGGUAUCUUAUUCCACUACUUUAUCAGUGCUAACUUUAGGAAGUAUAUUCCUUCAUUUUAGUAACCUUAACAGUAUUCUUAGUGUGUGCCCUUUGACGUAUAGACUGUCGGAUUAAUGUUUGUCUUUCAAGUGUGGGUGUGGGAUUUUUUAUAUAAAUACUUGGUUGCCAGUAUCCACUCCCCCCCCCCC